UGCAGCACGGCCUUGGAUAAACUGACAUGUAGGCGUUGGACAUUUGAAAAUGCUACUGGGACUUUAGCUUCUUUUUUUUAUUAUUAUUGUUAUUAUCAUUUGUUCAUUUAUGUGUGUGCUGCUCAGAAGUUUCUUUUGUGUCACGGGAAUGCCAACUCUGGUUCAGCAUGCCGCACUGUGCAAAUCGACGCAGCUGUUGAGGCCUUAAAGCUGAGACGUAGACUCUUACUACAGAAGACCUGCCGUUUUCAAUCCACACCUGGGAUCCAGGAGACUGCAGCAACACUAAGAGCAACUCACGUCUCUUCAGGAGGAUUAUGCCAUUAUAGCUGACAACUUGAGCUUUUCCAGCAAACGACAGCUACAAGGCAAAGUCACUCCUGGUCCCUUUACGCGCGACAGGUAUCAUGGAUGACCCCUAUCAGAACAAUGUGAACCAGCAGGGCGGAGAUUACACCUACACCCAGGACGGCGGAGGUCAAGAUGGCUACCCUUAUCAGACGGACUACCCUCCGCAGGACGAGGACGCCGCCAGCGAUGCCACCGAAGGGGCAGAUGAGGAUGAACAAAUGUACGAGGGGGAGUACCAGGGAAUCCCCCACCCCGACGAGAUCAAGGAGGCACGAAGAGCGGCUCGGAUGGAGGCCAAGAGGAAAGCCCGUCAGGCUGUCCAACAAGAUGAGGAGGAGGAAAAUCUCCCAGAGCAGUACGAGACCAUCAUGGAGGACUGUGGCCAUGGACGCUUCCAGUGGAUGCUCUUUGCCGUGCUGGGCCUGGCACUUAUGGCUGACGGUGUGGACGGCUUUGUGGUGGGCUUCGUUCUGCCCAGUGCAGAGAAGGACAUGUGUAUAUCCAACGCGGACAAAGGGUUGCUAGGUCUGCUGGUCUACGUGGCCAUGAUGGUGGGAGCACUGGUGUGGGGCGGCCUUUGUGAUAAAAUGGGCAGGAGGAAGUGUCUAAUCUACGUCCUCACCAUCGACCUGGUCUUCUCCUUCCUGUCCUGUUUCGCUCAGGGCUAUGGCUUCUUCCUCUUCUUCAGGUUCUGCUCUGGCUUUGGAAUUGGCGGCGCCAUCCCGAUUGUGUACACCUACUUUGCCGAGUUCCUGCAGAUGGAUAAACGGGGAGAACAUCUGAGUUGGCUCUGCAUGUUCUGGAUGCUGGGAGGCCUGUACGCCUCCUUCACUGCCUGGGGAAUCAUUCCUCACUAUGGCUGGGGCUUUGCCAUCGGUACAGAGUUCCAGAUACACAGCUGGAGGCUGUUCAUUCUGGUGUGUCUCUUCCCCGCUCUGGCCGCCCUCAUCGGAGUCGUCUUCAUGCCGGAGAGCCCCCGUUUCCUGCUGGAGAACGCCCGACACGACGAGGCGUGGAUGAUCCUGCGACAGGUUCACGACACCAACUGGAAAGCCAAGGGGGAGCCAGAGAGAGUGUUCACUGUGACCAACAUUAAGACUCCUCAAACCCAGGAUGACGAGUUCAUAGAGAUCCAGAGCGACACUGGAACUGCCUUCCAGCGCUGGACCGUCCGACACGUGACCAUGUUGCAGCAGGUCAUGGCCAAUGUGAUGUCUCUAUCAGCUCCAGAGCUCAGGCUUCAAGGACUCUUCCUGGUUAUUGUCUGGUUCUGCUUGGCCUUCAGCUACCACGGGCUGGGAGUGUGGUUCCCUGAUAUGAUCAAGUACAUGCAGUAUGAGGAGUACGAGUCCAAGGUCCGAGUGUUCCAUCGAGAACGCGUGGAGCGCUUCCACUUUAACUUCUCUCUGGUCAACCAGAUCCACAGAGAGGGAGAGUACAUCCAUGACAAGUUUGCAAACAUUGAAAUUAAAUCCGUCAAGUUCGAGGACUCACUCUUUGAGAACUGUUACUUUGAGGACGUCAAAUCGACCAACACCUUCUUCGAGAACUGCACCAUCAAAGAUACUGUCUUUUAUAACACAGACCUCUGGCAGGAAAAGUUCAAAGACUGUCGAAUGGAGAACACCACCUUCCUCCACCCGAAGAAAGGCUGCCACCUGAACUUCCAGGAGGAGAACGACAUCGUCAUCUACCUGGUCAGCUUCCUGGGCAGUUUGGCAGUGCUGCCGGGCAACAUCGUCUCAGCGCUGUUCAUGGACAAGAUAGGAAGAAUCCGAAUAAUAGGUGGUUCCAUGCUGGCAUCGUCGGCCUGCACUUUCCUGCUGCUGCUAAGUUUCAGUCAAGGAGCAGUGAUAUGUUGGCAGUGUCUCUUCUACGCCGUCAGUGUGGCAGCAUGGAAUGGACUGGAGGUCAUUUCCGUGGAGCUCUACCCCUCUGCUAAAAGAGGGACGGCGUUCGGCAUCCUGAACGGGAUCUGCAAGUUCGCGGCCAUCAUCGCCAGCUUCAUCUUCGCAGCCUUCAUCGGCAUCACAAAGAUCAUCCCCAUCUUCCUGGCCUUCGCCGCCCUGGUCUGCGGAGGUCUGCUGGCUCUCAAGCUGCCCGAGACUCGGGAGAAGAUACUCUCUUGAAAAGGCCAAAGUCCUGCAGCCUCCCGGGCCCCAGACACAGUAUAACCAUAGGGGAAACAUGUUGUGAGGGAUGUAUCGGAUUAAACCGAAAUAGAAAGAGGAGAAAGAGGAGGCCACGUUGUGUUUAAGAGUCUGUCAUGGUUAUAUGAUUAAAAAAGCGUCGAAAACCCGUCUGGUUGCCUACAUGAACCUGUGGUUGCUUCCUGUUCCUUCUGCAAGCUCCUCAGGCAGCCCAGCAUUUCUGUGACACCAUAUAAUACUAGUCUUUGUCAUCCUCUAGCCCUGUCCCAUCCUCUAUUCACAAACAGCGUAGCAGCAUUUGUUUUGUUUGAGGUCUGUGUAAAAGAUUAAUAUGAGAUGAAACUGUGUCUGUACUUGAAAGGUGAUGUAGUUCAUGUUACCAUGUUGUGCUUUGAUUUCAUUCCUUCUUGGAGAAAGAGAGAGGACUUCUAGUGAUAACUUGAAUUGGGUUAGAAUCCUGUUGUAUUCACUGCCGAGGCUCAGCAGCGAUAUUGCUACUACCACCACCACCACUACUACUGCUGCUGUUACUGCUGCUGUUGUUGUUGUUCAGAGAAAACACCUCUAUUGUUCCCCCGGUCUUUAUUUGUUCUACACUGUCCUGUGGUAUCUAGUAGUUUUCUUAAUUCAUUGCUCAGUUUGUUCUCUCUUCUUAUAAACCUGGACCAAUCAUUGAUUAAGUGUAGGAGAUUUUCUGUCUUUCUUUCUUUCUUUCUUUUUUUUUUAAAUUGAAUCCACUCCAGUUCAUUUCUCACAACUGAUCCAAAUCCAUCCUGGCUGGAUUUUCCUCCUUGUAUGUCGUCUUGUCAUCGACUCUGAGGCUUCAUGUGUGUCCUCGAUGAUAGAUCUGUGUUUAGUAGGUGGUGAAAAUGUAGAAUCAGAGUGUUGUCUGUCACUUUUUUGCCAUGUCAAAGUGUAAGGAACUGAUGUUUCAUCUGUUUUACCGUUUUUGUUUUUUUUUCUAAGUGAAUGAUACAAAACUGUGAGAUUAGAUGUUUUGAUAUGAUGCUCUCGUUUCAACGUUGUGAUGAAGAACUGAUUUGCAGAACCCGCUGCAUCUCCGACUUGACGCGUGUCAAGAUUUCUAAGGAGCAUGACCGAGCCGUGUGUGCGUGUGUGUGUGUGGUUGUUGUCCACAGGUCUGUGAAUUUAGUGAAACACGACAGUCUGACUACCAACGCUGUAUUUGUUGUUGUACAUAUAGAACUGUGUAUAUUAGCUGUAACAUAAUAGCUGCGUCACGACUUGAAUAAAGCAGAGGGCUCGUG